UACUACUACUACUACUACUACUACUACUACUACUACUAUUAUUACUACUACUACUAUUACUACUACGCCGAGGCUACAGCUUCUCAAGUACGGUGCGCUGCAAGAUUAAGGGAAGACAGAGGAAAUAUAGUGAAUAAGGAGUCGAUAGAUGAGAUUGACGACCUACGACGACGCCUUAUCACGAAGCCAAGAGUAGUGCCAUCCCGCCUAAAAUCGACUGGUGCUGUCGAUAUAUAGCUUCACAUUUUUCGCUUCUUCUCUUUUCCCAGUGAGAUAUCUCUCCAUCCUGUCCUCUCUCGCCUGCGUACAUUUAGCUUUUACGCCUUCCCGGAGAUUAUCGUGUGAGAAACGCGUGCAGCAUCAAAAAAUUUGGCCUACGAGAUAAAAGAAUUUCGCAGAAACGCGAAUCAUCGACAACAACGCCUAAGCCGGCUGCUGCCGUGCUCCUUCGAUUAAUUUUCGCCACGGAAUCCGAUAUCAGGCGAGAGAAAAAGAACGGCGAUAAGCCACGCUUGAAACAGCCGACGUUGCUGAUAAACGCGAGUCUUCGUCAGACGAUUCGACAUAUCGCGCGACGACAACGACGACGAGAGCUAAGCGCGAUUUCGAGGUGAGGAAGAACGAAAUUACGAGACACGGUGAUUACCCACGCAGAAGAUCUACGCGCAGGAAGACAGACGCGGAUCAUCGUGUACAUGGGACAUUAAGAUCAUCACAUCGCGCUUAAACGAGAGAUCUUCUGCCGUAAGGUAUACAGUCACAAGUAGUUACAUGACUCUGAGGCACACGCGGGAUUUCGCAUAAAGUGUGUUUGUGUGUAAAUGGUAGAGGAAGGUGAGAGGGAGAGAGGGAGAGAAAGGGAGAGAGGGAGAGAAAGGGAGAGAGGAAGGGGUGAACGUGUGCACGUGAGCGAGUGGUGAGAGAAGUUGACGAGACGAGGCGAAAGUGGUGGAACGAAAGGGUUCAGUACCGGACUUGGCGAAAUCCCGUGAACAAGUGCCGACGAGUUCGUGUCGCGAGGUGGUCGUACUCCAUAAACCGAAACGUCUAUAUAUUGACAAGAUUAGUCGACGCGUGUGUACGCGACCGGAGAAAAGGAGCCGAUCAUCACGAGCAAGAGUUUAGAACGGCAGAGAGAGAGUGAGAGAGAAAGAGGGAGGAAGGGAGAGAGAGAGAGAGAGAGAGAGAGAGAGAGAGAGAGAGAGAGAGAGAGAGAGAGCGCGGGUUACUACUCUCUCACGGUAGAGGCCAACGGACGGCGGGGACUCUCGAUCUUCCAGGAGUGGAAGAAUGGCAAUGGUCAGCAUGAAUAACCUACUGAACGGCAAGGACUCGCGGUGGCUGCAACUGGAGGUUUGCAGAGAGUUCCAGCGCAACAAGUGCACCAGGCCCGACACGGAGUGCAAGUUCGCCCAUCCGCCAGCUAACGUCGAGGUGCAGAACGGACGGGUGACCGCCUGCUACGACAGUAUCAAGGGUCGGUGUAAUCGAGAGAAGCCACCUUGCAAGUAUUUCCAUCCCCCACAGCAUCUGAAGGACCAACUCUUGAUAAACGGGCGCAAUCAUUUAGCGCUGAAAAACGCGCUGAUGCAGCAGAUUCAGCAGGGCCUUACGCCGGGUCAGACUCUCGUACCCGGGCAGGUACCCGCAGUGGAGGCACCAGCACCUCCGGCACCACACCAUCACCUUCAACAGCAAAUCCAGCAGCAACUUCUCGCUACCCACGCCUUUAUGGCGACGAAUCCGUACCUGACCGGUAUGCCGCAGGUUAGCAAUACGUACAGCCCGUACUUCGCGCCCAGUCCGAUAAUGCCGGCGAUAAUGGGCCCGGCUGACCCAACGGGCGUCGGCAGUCCGCUCGGCGUGGUACCGCAGACAGUGGCGAUGCCGCAGAAGAUGCCACGUACCGACCGCCUCGAGGUAUGUCGCGAGUUUCAACGCGGGGCGUGCAAACGCGGCGAGACGGAGUGCCGGUUUGCGCACCCCCUCGAGACGGUGCAGGCGAACGAGGACGGCUCUGUGACGGUCUGCAUGGACGCUGUCAAGGGCCGAUGCAAUCGGGACCCCUGCCGCUAUUUCCACCCCCCUCUGCACCUUCAAGCCCACAUUAAGGCCGCACAAUCUCGGGCUAGCAUUGCGACGGCGACGAUGCCGACGAACGUGACGGGAAUGAGUACGUUGGCUGGCGGAGUAUCAGGAGUGCCGGCAGCUGCGAUGCCCGGAGGACUUCAGAGCGCCGGUAUGGCGAGCAUCGAGCUCGGCAAGAAGCGGAUGCGCGACUCCAAUGAUGAUCUGCUAAUGGUACCACGGCUUAUGCAUGGAAUGGACAUGAAGUCUGUCGGGUCGUUCUACUACGAGAACUUUGCCUUCCCAGGGAUGGUUCCUUAUAAACGACCGGCGGCCGACAAGUCCGGCGUGCCGGUCUAUCAGCCUACCGGUGCGACGACCUAUCAACAGUUAAUGCAGCUGCAGCAGCCCUUCGUGCCUGUGUCAUGUGAGUACACUGGAACACCACCCCUACCCACUCAAACCUCUAACCAAUCGGUCGUGCAACCCCCGAACGUGCAAAGCAACCACCACGCGAUAGUGGUGCAAUCCUCCUCCUCCCAGGGAGCCGCUGGCGCAACAGUCAAUAACUGCGCUGACGCCAACAAUGGCGUGCUGAUGGAUCCCAACAAUCCGCCGCCGCCACCUCCGACCGCUGACAAUAACAGUAACAAUAGUAACGGCAAUAACAAGCAACCGAUUACUACGCAGAAUCAUGAUGAAAAUUCGCGUAACUCCCCCGAAUUGAAUCAUUCGAGCCCAUCAUCUCUGCAGCAGCAACAACAGCAACAGCAGGUACCGCAACAACACCAACAGCAACAACAAAUCAACCAGUUGGCGCUAUCACCAGCAAUGAGUCCAUUGACUUCUAUGGCCAGCCUGACCUCAAUGCCUGGCAUGGUGAACAUGGCCUCGAUGGCUUCUAUGGCUUCCAUGGCAAAUAUGUCAUCGAUAACGAAUAUCACUUCUAUGGGCAAUUAUAACGCUGCUUCCAAUAUGGCGAGCCUAAAUAUGCUCAACAGUCUUGGAAUGGCCUCUGGAUUACCAGCUCCUCUCGAUCCAGCGACUCUCGCCAAAGAGGUCGCCCAGAAAAACUAUGCUAAAGCCCUUAAGCUCUCGCAGGUCUCGCAGUACGGCAUUGGUCAACUCGCACUUAAUUACACUGGCGUCGCUCUGAAUAAACAAAAUCUCAUGAAUCCCGCCGCGGCGGCCGCCGGGAAUCCCGCAGUGGCAGCAGCCAAUCUGCAAGCCACCGCGGCGACUCCCAGACCUGUCAUCCCGAGUCUGGCCGGUAUCCCGGGUGCCUUGACCUCACCGCUGUCCGCGGGUAUCUUGGCGUACACCAGACCGCCACCCACAGCAACCCCCAUAAAUCCAUAUUCUCUGAUCAGGCAGCAGAUCUUGCCGAAUCCAUAUGUCCAGGCAUCGAUACCCGGCGCUGCGACCGUACAAACCAAUCCCUAUGUCCAGAAUCCAUACGCUGUUCUACCUGCAGUAGCCAGUGUACCCGGAGUAGCGGCAGGCGUCGCGGCCGCGGCUGCGGCCGCAGGUGUACCGCAGAUACCGCAGAUAGGCAACCCGGCGACAAUAGCGGCGCAGCCGCAGGUAGCGAUCCCCGUCAGCUCUGGGGUGAUUAUGCAACCAUACAAGAAGAUGAAGACAUCGUAAAGACAUCUUAUUUACCGGCUCGGGAAGACUCGUCUCUUCUCACGAAAGUGCCGUUCCUUCCUUCGGGCACCUUCUCUCCCUCGCGAUGAACGAACGAACGAUUCCGCAAAAGUCGCUGCGAAUAAUGAUUGUUGCUACCGAUCGAGAUAGUGAUAUUUUAGAUAAUUCUAGAGUACCUUUACGAUUAGUAUUCAA